AGAUAUCGACAAAAAAUCCAGUGUUGCAUCUCUACUGAUGCUGAUGAGCAGUUUAACCCGAACUGGCCGAUUCUUGGAUGUGUCAUGUUAACAGCGUCUGUUUGUUUCUGUCGUCAGGAUAUUCAGAUCGAGGCGCUGCUGAUGCAGGCGUGUGAACCCGUCAUCCAGGCCCACUGCCACGAGGUGGCUGAUAACCAGAUCAACACGGGCGACCUGAUGGAGUGUUUGGUUCAGAACAAACAUCAGAAGGAGAUGAACGAGAAAUGUUCGGUGGGAGUGACGCACUUCCAGCUGGUGAGCUCGCCGAUAAAUUUCAUAUUGAAAUAUUAAAAAAUACAACACGAC